AUGCUGACAGGCACAGAGCACCGGACUGGGGAAUCAGAUGGAACUAGUGAGAAUCCACCAGAGAGAUGUCCCAGUCCUCAGUAUUCCCAGGACUGUCCAGAGGAGAAACCAAAUAUCCCACUGGAUCAUCAGGAAAGUUCUGGUAGAAUUGAAAAACCUGUAUCAAUGUCUGUGAAAGGUGAAGACAGGAUGAACGACUCCCAUGGACAUCUCCAUUUAUCUUCCUAUCAUGAAGCAGAAGAUAACAAUACCACACAAGAUGAUUCAAUAACUCCUAAUGUACCCUCGAUCCUUCAUAGCGGAGAUCUAUCCACCGAUACCGCUACUCAGAAGAAAUCAUUAGCAAAUCAAUCAGUGACUGGCAGAAAAAGAUCGAAACAGAAAUGUGGGAAAAUAUUUUCAUGUGAGAGACGUGUUAAAAAGAAAUCAAAUCUUUUUUUGCAUGAUAGAAAUCCCAAAGACAAAAAGUCAUUUUCAGGCACAGAAUGUGGAAAAUCUUUUAGCAUGAAAUCCAUUCUAGUUAGACAUCAGAGAACUCACACAGGGGAGAAGCCAUUUUCAUGUCCUGAAUGUGGGAAAGGCUUUAAUCGCAUAUCAUCUCUACCUUAUCAUCGGAGAACUCAUGAAAGAGUGAAGCCAUUUCUGUGUUCUGAUUGUGGGAAAUGUUUUAGACAGAAAUCAGAUCUUUGUAGACAUGAGAAAACUCACACAGGAGAGAAGCCAUUUUCAUGUCCUGAAUGUGGGAAAGGCUUUAAUCAGCAAUCAUCUCUUCCUUACCAUCAGAAAACUCAUGAAAGAGUGAAGCCAUUUCCAUGUCCAGAUUGUGGGAAAUGUUUUAGACAGAAAUCAGAUCUUCAUAGACAUAAGAGAACUCACACAGGUGAGAAGCCAUUUUCAUGUCCUGAAUGUGGGAAGUGUUUUGGUCUGAAAACACAACUUGUGAGCCAUCAAAGAACCCACUUAGAGGAGAAGCCAUUUUCAUGUUCACAAUGUAGAAAAUGUUUCAAAAGUCAAUCAGGUUUUUUUCGGCAUCGGAGAACUCACAAAGGGGAGAAGCCAUUUUCAUGUCUUGAAUGUGGGAAGUGUUUUAGUGAAAAAUCAACUCUUGUUAAGCAUCAAAAAACUCACACAGGGGAGAAACCAUUUAACUGUCCUGAAUGUGGGAAGUAUUUUAGAGAGAGAGCAAUGCUUAACAGACAUCUAAGAAGUCACACAGGAGAGAAGCCAUUUUUAUGUCUUGAGUGCGGAAAAUGUUUUAGUGAGAAAUCAAAUCUUGUUAGACAUCAGAAAACUCACACAGGGGAGAAGCCAUUUAUGUGUCCUGAAUGUGGUAAGAAUUUUGGUGCAAAAUCAAUACUUAUAAAACAUCUAAGAAGUCACACAGGAGAGAAGCCAUUUAUGUGUCCUGAAUGUGGGAAACGAUUUACUCAGAAAUCACAUCUUGUAAAACAUAGAACAGUCCACUUCGGAGAGAAGCCAUUUUUAUGUUCAGAAUGUGGGAAGUCUUUUAGUCAGAAACAGAGUCUUGUUAAACAUGAGAGAACUCACUCAGAGAAGAAGACAUUGUAAUGUGCAGAUUGUAGGACACAUGACAGAUGUGGAGCUUCAUUGUGGGACCUGCUGCCUAAUCAUGUCUUCUGAUGUAUAACUUACAAUUUCCCAUAUUGCUGACAUUUCCUCAGAAUAGGUCAUCAAUACCAGAUCGACAAGGCUCUAACUCCCAGCAACCCAGGCGAUCAGCUGUUUGUAGAGGCUGCAGCUCUUGUACAAGUACUUUGGUCCCAUUAUUGUUUACAUGCACACCAUCGCUCAGAGUAAUUGUAGAUGCUUCGCUCCAUUCACUUGAAUGGGAUGGAGUAGUUGUUACAGCUGAUUGGCGAGGAUGCCGGCUAUCGGACCCCCACCAAUCAUAUAAUGAUGACCUAUCCUGAAGAUUGGUCAUCAAUAUAAAUUGCUGCACAACAUCAUCAAGUUCAUGUGUGCUUUAAUCAAAGCUGUUGUGGAGGAAGCAAAGGGUCAUCUCGUUUGACUUCACAUAUAAUGGAAAUAAUGGAAAGCAAAGCUGUCAUCUUAUUGGUGAAAAGUGCAGAACAUAUUGUUUUAGGUUGUGGCCAGUUUCCCAUCAGUUUGAUUUCAUAAAGAGAAAGGGGUUUUAUUAAAGGGGUUGUCUCACGUCAG